AUGCAACAAUCCACACAUUUUGUGAACUCCUUGACUUGUAAAGAACGUCGAAUCUUGGUUUCUCAAUGUAUUGCCAAUGUGGAAAAUGUAAAAGAAUGGUUACCUGGUUGGUUUAUCAAAAAGAUGUUGAAUGGUCAAUCUAUUACACCUAAUUUUGAAGAAAUCUAUCAUGACAAUAUGAUUGAAUGGUUAUCAUGGGCAUUUUUUACAGCUUCUUUGGAUGAAGUUCUACAACAUUCCAAUCACGUCAAGGAAAUCGAAUGGAUGGUAAAUGAAUUCGAGUCGGCAUUCCAAAUCCAAUUUCCAAAAGGUUAUAACGAUCAACUUCAAUCAAGACGACUCAAUCUCGAUCCUAUCAAUGCAUAUCACCGUCCUUUACUAUUUUAUGUAUGUAUCCAAUUGAUGACCUUGCUUUAUGAUACUAUGGUACUCCAGGUACGUUACGGGAUGAAGAAAUAUGGACCAGAAGCCGUGCAUUCGAAUCUGUUGUGGAACCCUGUGGAAUCCUCCUUUUCCCCCUGUGAUCAAGAAAAGGAUUGUGAUGAACGUAUUUCUUAUUGGUUCCGUGAUGGUGAUCGUAACAAGAAACCCAUUGUAUUUAUUCAUGGUAUUGGUGCUGGAUUGAUGUGUUAUAUGACAUUUGUUCAUCAACUGGUACAACUGGAUGCUCCCAUCUUUUGUAUAGAACUACCUUUUGUAUCGAUGCGUUGUGUUGAAGAUGUACCUACUAUGCAAGAAAUCAGUAAUGAUAUUCAAAGAAUGCUUCAUCGUCAUGAUUGUCGUAAUGCAGUGUUUGUUGCUCAUUCUCUUGGUACCGCUGUAGCUUCUUGUGAACUUUAUAUAUCCUAUUAUAUCUCUCGUCAUUUUCAUUGGUUCCAAUGCGCUCUUUAUGUCACACCUAUCAAUCAACUACAUCAAAAUCAACCUUUAAUGACAACACCUAUGCCUCAUCACACCAAAAUUUAUUUAUCAGAGCAUGAUAAUAUUGUUAACUCGUCGCGUGUCGAAUCUUAUUUGAAAAAACAUGGUUUGAAUUCAGAAAUGAUGCUUGGUUUAGAUCAUGCUUCCUUUUUGGUUUCUCCUAUUUGGCAACAAAGGAUCAUGGAUACUGUAUCUAGUUAUAUUGAUGAUGCAAAAUAA